CCCUGUUCUCCAGGUGAGGUUCAAUGGCAUUGCUUUUUGCUCAGGUGUAAGUAAUUAUGUGAGCGAGAUUAGCACAUCAGUUUAAAAACAGUGCAGAGGGUCUUAGCCUCAUUAGCUCCUUCUUUAGCCAAACAUGUUGCUGAUGGUUUUCUUCAGGGUUUCUUGGCUCUCUCUGAUGUUCUUCAGCACAGCUUCAUGUUAUCCUGCAGGCCAAGUCUUUGAUUAUUCUCAAGCAAGAAGUUGGAGUUCUGGUGUGGAUACUGAUCAACAGCCUUUAGUGCUUCCUACUAGAAGGCAACAGCAUGCAGAAGACCCUCAUGGACCACCUAGCUCUGCUGUCAGCCCCCCUUGGAGUCCUGGCCAUGGUGCCUUCAAUCAUCCUCAAGCACGGAGCUGGUUCUCAGGUGGCACUAAUUCACCGUCUGAUGGCCUGAGUCAACCAGGCUCUGCUGUUGGCCAGAAUCCUCCACCUGCUGUCUUCUAUCUUCCUGGUGUCCCAUCCAAAGGUGUAGGUCAAGUUCAGCCUCCACCCAGCCCAGGGAAGACACCAGAGGUUCAGUCUGGUUCUACCUCCAAUGAAGGUUCUCCAGGUGUUCCUCAGCCUGCAGAUUCUGCUUCGGUGUACGUUGGUUACAACUAUGGCUCCCACUAUGCUGCAGCCCCUGACGGUGGUCAACCUGAACCUGACGCUGCUGAGAACACAGACAGCGCAGAACCAGCAUCUCCUGAAGUCCAGCAGCCACAGGAUGAAGGUGGGGCUGGAGUUGUUGACGUGAACAGCUGGUUUCUGUCUCGUCCCUUCCCGGACUUCACAGUUUGGGAUUCCAGUCCUGUAGGAGCAGCAGAGUUUGUGAGUGAGACGUCUCCUCCUCUACCUUCAUCCUACAUCAUCCAGUCCAACAGUGGUUACCAGCGGCUACGAGAGUUCCUCUCCCACACAAAGUACACUCCAGACUACUACAUUCCAGUUGACAGUGAACCACCAGUCCUCCCUCCUGCUGACCCCUCCAGUAAAGCUACUCCUGAUGUGAAAGGAACUCCAUAGAGGAGAAUGGAAGGGUGACCUUUGACUUUGUUGGAAAUGCAGGAACUUGUGAUUCUGAAUAAUAAUAAUAAAAAAUGUUUAAAUUGC